GAUUAACAAUCUGGGUCAUUGAAUCAUGGGCCCCACUGGUACAAAACUAAAGACCCGAGGAAAGUCUCCAUAUCCUAUGGCCAAGGACCAUAUAAACCCCCCUCAUUUCCCUACAUAAGCAUAACCGCUAACAUAAUCCCACCAGCACUUCUCAUGCAUUGGCCGUUGCUAAAAAAAACUUCUCCCACACGAAAUCCAUGCACGCAUUUAAAUCUUAUCAUACCUCAACGUAUCAUCUUCUAGCCAAACCCACCCCAUCUGGCCUUCUUACUCAUCCACCAUGUCUACUACCACUUUAGAAAAUAAGCCAAGAGAACACUUCCAAAACUCAUCCCAACCAUCCAAUCCAACAAUUCCAAAAUGUCCCACCAAUCUCAAACACAUCAUCCUCUCCGAAUUAAGAAACCAGCAAGGGAUUGCCAUCCCAUUGGUAGCCAUGAACCUGACAUGGUUCGCAAAGAUCGCCAUCACAACGGUAUUCCUAGGCCGGCUCGGUGAGCUCCAGCUUUCAGGAGGAACGCUUGGGUUCACCUUCGCAAACGUGACCGGCUUCUCCGUCCUGGCAGGUAUCUGCGGCGCCAUGGAACCCGUCUGCGGUCAGGCUUAUGGGGCCCAGAAUCACAAGCUCCUCCACAAAACACUCGUAAUGACUACCAUUCUCCUUCUCUUAGCCACACUGCCUAUUACUUUCUUGUUUCUGAACGUGGAUAGAAUCCUAAUACAUUUCGGCCAACAUAGAGAAAUCUCAACCGUCGCAAGGAUUUACGCAACGUAUCUCAUUCCCGACCUGGUUGUAACUUCAUUCCUAUGUCCUCUCAAAGCUUACUUGAGUUCACAAAGCAUAACUCUUCCUAUCUUAUUCAGCUCAGCUCUUGGAGUCGCCUUUCAUGUCCCCAUCAACAUCUUACUGUCGAACGCCAAAGGCCUUGAAGGAGUGGCUAUGGCAGUUUGGUCUACUGAUCUAAUCAUCACAAUUAUACUAGCCUUCUACGUGUUGGUGUCUGAAUGGAAACAGAGGAAGGUGUGGGACAUUAGCGGGUGGUGGGACCAGGGCUUGCACGACUGGGUCCGUCUUCUUAAGCUUUCUGGACCAUGUUGCUUGACCACAUGCCUCGAGUGGUGGUGCUACGAGAUCUUGGUCUUGUUGACCGGCCACCUACCUGACGCUAAACAGGCGGUGGCGGUUAUUGCCGUGGUUCUCAACUUCGACUACUUGCUAUACUCCGUCAUGCUGUCGUUGGCCACAAGCGUUUCCACACGUGUAUCAAACGAGCUCGGGGCAAACCGGGCUUGGGCUGCGCAGGAGUCUGCUUACGUGUCUUUGGGGUUAAGCGUAGUCAUGGGCUGCCUCGGAGGGAUGACGAUGGCGUUUGUGCGGGGUCCAUGGGCCUUGUUGUAUAGCCAUGAUAAGGGGGUUGUGAGAGGGGUGAGGAAGAUGAUGCUUUUGAUGGCUUUGGUGGAGGUGGUGAACUUCCCUUUAGCUGUUUGUGGGGGGAUAGUUCGAGGGACGGCUAGGCCUUGGUUGGGUAUGUAUGCUAAUCUCGGUGGGUUCUACUUGCUGGCCUUGCCUUUGGGUGUGGUUCUGGCUUUCAGGGUCGGGCUUGGUCUUGGUGGGUUGCUGUUGGGGUUCUUGGCAGGGAUGACGGCUUGCACCGUGUUGUUGACAGCGCUGGUUGCGAGGAUUAAUUGGGUUGAGGAAGCUGGAAAUGCACAGAAGCUUGCCUGUGGUAGAGAAACGGUUGGUGGUGAUGAAGGUGGAGAAGCUGAUGGAGUGGGCCCUGAUACCAACAAAGUGUUGCUGAGUAUACAGUGAUAGUAUUAACAUUUCUUUCUUUCUCUCAAACGAGGCCAUCAAAGAUUCAAAUUGUAAAUAGUGGGGUCCAUGAUUCAGUGAUCCAAACUGUUGAUAUGAUGGGUCCCACUUUGGAUGAUCCAUGCAUAAAAGACAGUUAAAACUGUAAUUGCGGAAUUGACGUCGGAUCGUCUAUGCAUCAACAAUGGAGAUUCAACGCCAU